ACAUCUUUGAAUUAAUGUCACAGCUCUUAUUUCUUCACAUUCUGUUGAUAAUUUUAGUUAAUUUUGCGAAUGUUUAAAAAAAAAUCCAAAUAGCUCCCUUGAUAGUAGUAAGAGUAGAAUUGGUAUCAUUAUUUGCACAGUUCUCAUUCCAUUUUUCUCUCACAGCAGAAAAGACCUUUAGCAGGCGCUCAGGUCAACAGCUCCCUCAGGCUCCCAACAUGAUUUGUCAGUAUUCUGACAUAUCUGAUCAUAGAUAUGAGGCUUAGUGUAAGCAUACUGACAUCCAAAGGUUUUUCCAACACCUAAAAUUUCAGCAGUCUUUGAUAAAUCUUGAGAAAUUUGAUCAAUCUCCUUUUUUUUUAGAGUAGGUAAAGUAAACUGAGAAAUGAUGACAUUCUUAGUUAAAUAGACAGCCCUUAUUUAUCCAGUGCGCCAGUUGCACUCUUCCCAUUGGGAGCUGUCGGGGUUCAGCCUCUAGCUCAAGGACAACUCGACAUGUGGUCAAGAGGAGCCAGAAAUCCAGCCACUAAUCCUGCUUUAUCUGUUGAGACAUGGCCAUUUUAACACACCAAUAUCGUUCUCUGACUUUGCUGCAAACACACUCGACAUGUGCUAUGUGCUAUGUAUGACAUUUGCUAUGUUCUUAGUUUGGGCCACCUUAAUGUUUCAGACAUAGUGCUAAGAGACGACAGUCGUAUGACCAUGACAUCAUCAGGGAAUCUUUUCCACAAAGAAAUCUUGGACAGAAUUUGGAUGGGGCAAAAUCACUGCUCAUAGCUGUGCCACUGCUAUGUAAUAGUAAUACGAAUCCAAAUGAAAUAGGUAUUGGCGAAAAUCGGGUGUUAGUAGGAAUUCACUGGGAAGCAAAAUCUCCAAUGGAUGUUUCUUGAACUCUCAUUUUUUUCCAAGUAAAAUUUAGAUCUGCAUCAAAAUGUUCUCAGUUUUUUCAUCAGAUCUGUGCAAUAUUUCCAUAAAAAAUAAUGAAAAUUAAAGAAAGUGAGAAAAAGAUCCUGCAUCCAUCUCUUUAUCCAAAUCCAAGUCAAAAGUUAAUGAGGUCUAUUCUGGGCUGAGACCCAUCCUCCAUCCAAGUUUUGUGGAAAUUCGUACUUAAGAUUUUAUGUAAUUAUGAUGACAAACCAACCAUCAAACAAAAAAAGGAGUUGACAGAAUCGACUAAGAGAAAGCUAAAAACAUAUAAAGACACAGGCAUUAGAGUGUCAUCAUACAGGUGCCACUCUGACAUAGACAUCGGAGAAUCUGCCCUAUGAGAAUAGUCUAAUUAGUCAGAGUGGGAGGAUCAGGCCAUUUCCACUAAAAUACAGAGCUUAAAACAUUUCUUUUUUCACCUAGGCGUUACCUUACAUUAUAUUUGUUUAAAACAUUUUCACCAGCAGCCUACUUUCUGAUCCAGAAAAAACUCUUUUCGUUGGUGGUUUCGUCUAAGAAUCACCUUGCACACUGUAAAUCAAAAAUGCCAGUCCACUAAUAUCACAGGUUAAAGUAUUUUAAGUAACUACUAAUCCAUUCCCACUUCCCUUUGACAUGCAUCACUUGAAUCUUUCAUGACUGAUGCAUAAUCAUCUCUCUGGACCUGUGUGUAAUUUCUGUGUCUAAUGGGAGUCUUAGCCUUCCUCCCUGUCAUUACACUGCCUUUAAAUGCCAGUUUCUUUCUGAGAGAGCUCUGACUCAGCCUCUCUGGGUGCUCCCUAGAAAUACAACUCCCAUUCUGCCUGCCACAUGUAGCCUCCCACCCCUCUGUGGAAUACAGACCCCCUAUUUAUAGAGCUGGCAGGGCCUGCAACCCUGGGCUCGGCACAAACUUUCAUUUAAACAGCUACCCCUAGCAAUCUACUGAGCGCACACUGACACACACAGGACGUAUAGCAGGGUGUGUGUUUGUUAGAGAGAGAAGGAGUGAGAGAGCAAAUCCGAGAAGCAACAGGAGACAGAAACGGCGAAACAAAGAGCUGAAGGAAUGAUUUUAACGGGAACUUCAGUGAAGAAAUUACAAGGACCAAGUCACUAAGAAAUGGAGCUUGACUGACAUGACAACAAAUUAGUCCACCUGUUUGGCACUGAGGGCUAUUGUUGGAAGACUGAUCUCUGGAUGUGACUUGUUCUGGACCUAACUUUACUUUGAACUUAUGAUACACUGGACAACUUAUUGAAGAGAGCGCACAAGGGGAAACCAAGAUUUCGGAGGACGUCCACAAUAGCUUUGAGUAAGACAAGGAUCAAAUUCUUAACCUCUAAAAACAUUUUCAAAACACUGUAAAAAGGACGGAUACCAGUGUUAGUAAAAGUAGUAUAUACUCAGAGACAUUACUUUAAAACGUUCCAAAAAAAUAUAUCGUAUUCCAGGUUUUAACUACGAUUACAAGUUACUGUACACACGUUUACACAAGUGUCUAAAUGUAACCUGAUCCUGAACACACCACUGUAAUUACAAAGCAAGCUCAAGGAAAAAUUACAGAGAGUUGUAAUUAAGGACCAUCUAUAAAAAGCCAACCAAGGAAAGGGUGAGGUCUGGGCCACAAGGACAUCAAGACUGAGAACAGGACGUCAAGAAUCUCAACAAGGAAAACAGCUGCUUUUGGGGGGACAAUAUAAACCAUGGAUUCUCAUGGAGAACACUACCUCAACAAAGAGGCUGUACUGUCACCUUUAGGUGCAGCUCGGAUGUGCCAGCUGCUACUUGGUUGCACCAUAAUGGCCCUUGUGUCCCACAGUGCAGGUUACAGCGCCAACUAUGGAACCUUCUGCAUGUUUGUGUGGUGCUUCUGCUUCGCUGUCACACUGGUUGUCUUCACCUUGGACAUUACGCGUCUCCACACGUGCAUGCCCAUAUCCUGGGAUAACUUCACUGUGGCCUUUGCCAUGCUGGCAACACUCAUGUAUAUAACUGCUUCCGUGGUCUACCCUGUUUACUUCCUACAAACAGAGUGCCCAGAUGAGAGCUGUGAAGUCCAAAUAUACCGCAUUGCUGUCACUGUCUGCUCCAGUAUCUGCUGCUUCCCCUAUGGCGCUGAGGUGUUCCUGACUCGAGCCAAGCCAGGGGCUGUGGUGGGUUACAUGGCCACUGUGUCCGGCCUACUCAAGGUGGUCCAAGCUUUUGUGGCCUGCAUUAUUUUCGGGGCGCUGGCCAACGAUAGUGAAUACGAUGUCUACAUUGCCUCCCAGUACUGUGUGGUGGUGUACAGCCUGUGCUUCUUGGUCACCGUGAUAGUGAUUGUACUGACGGUUUCUGGGAGGACCUCUGCCCUGCGGUUCCCCUUUGACCGGUUUGUGGUUGUCUACACCUUUUUCGCUGUGGUCCUCUAUCUCAGUACUGCACUCAUCUGGCCGAUCUUCAGCUUUGACAGGAAGUAUGGCAACACUACGCGUCCUGAGGACUGUCCUCGUGGACAGUGUUCCUGGGACAGUAAGCUGGUGGUGUCUGUGUUCACCAACAUCAACCUGAUCCUCUAUUUUGCUGACCUUGUUUAUUCUCAAAGGAUUCGCUUCGUCUCCAGCUCUGCUGCAUAAACAGACCUUCCCUCCUCAUGACUGUUUGGCCUCAGCAACAAAUAAAGGAAGGCUGAGACCGGACUGUGGAGAACAUGAAGGGCAUCACCCUGUCCUCCACAGUCUGGUCUCUGUGAAGGAUUCAAUAUGUUGAAUCCAUUGAUUCAUUGUGGCAUGUGUGAUAUCUUUUAUUAUCAGUAUUUGUCUAGAACUGAGACUGUGGGCAGCAAAACUGAAAGCAUUACCCCAAGCUACAAACUUGCUGUGACCUACCAGGGAAGGCAUGCCAGGUGCGCUGAUGAAACUUUGUCCACAGAAGACCCUGGGAAGCACCAACUACAUCCAUCCACUCCAAAUUCCUUUGGUGGUUGCACACAGGACAGG